AUGGAGACUGACGUUGGCGAUGGUGAUAGCGUCGAGGUAAUGAAGGAGGAGCUUAAGGGUGGUCCAGUCACAGAUGUAACACCAGAUGAGGCAGAAACGUCUGUCGGAAUAGUUAACGAUGGAGUUUCGGAUAGGGAAGACAGCGUAACGGUGGAUGUCGCCAAGGUUGCGUCUGGUGCCGAAUUGUCUGUAGCGGUCGCUGCAUUCUUGGUCGACGCCGAGGUUGUUGAUGACAAUAUACUUAGCAAAUCCGUUGCGACGGAUAUGGAAGUGAGGUCCGAGAUCGGGGUAGAGCUCAAAGAACUCGCUCUUUGGCUUGAUUGGAUGGAAGGAGGUCCGAACAUCGUGCUUGUGACCAACUCCGAAGACGGUGCUUGCGUGAUUGACGAGGCUGAAUUUGAGACGGAAUUGACAUUGCUUGUCAACGAGUUUGAAGUCGAUGCUGAGGUUGACGGCGCAACAGUCGUACCAGCGAGAGAUGUUGUACUCAAAGAAAAGGUGCUGUCCGUUAAUGAAGUACCGCUACUUGACAGUAGACUUGUCAGAAGAUCCGAGAAUGUGCCGCUCGAAUUGGAUGCCGAAAGCGUUGUUAAGUCAGAAGAAGUCAAUGUCACGAGCGUGCCUGUACUUGAGAGCAGUUCAGUCGUCGAGCUGCUGCUCAAUGUCGGGAUGUCUGUGGAUGAUAGAGAGGUCGUCGAUAAAACAGACGUCACUGAAAGGGAGCUUGUGGAUGAUAGAGAGCUCACGGAUGAGACAGAACUGAUUGAAGAUAAGGAAGAGGUCGGUAGUGUCGAACUUGAACUUGUAGGAUACGCCGAGGAGUUCGUAAAGCUCGUUGAGAGAGCAGUCGUGGAAAUUGAGCUGCUAUCAAGGAGUGUCGUUGAAAAGGUGGAAGUCGUUGAGCUUAUAUCUGAAGAAGAGAUUGAAGAAGAAAACGAGUUUGUCGGAACAGUGAACGUCGUGGGUUCGGUACUUGACGUAGUGGUUUCGGACGCAAACGUAGAUGAUGUGAGAGAAAAUGAAGAACUUAAGGAGAUAGUUGUAUUUGCGAAUGGCCCACCGGUUGAUGUUGAAGAGAGCUGUGCGCUGCUGCUGACUUCGAUGUUGGUGUUCGUGAGAGGCGAGGUUGUGAUGGACUCGGAAGAAGUGAAAGAUGACGUCGGAGUCGCGGUCGACGACAAGGUCAACAAAGAGCUUGAUGAGCUUGAAGGAGAGGUUGAAGUCGAUAAGGAAAUUGACGUUGUCGAGAAGAAGGUGGGCUCGGAUGAGGUAGAUGAUGAAAAGGAUGGUAAGGAUGAAGUUGAUGAUGAAGUCGAUAAGAUUGAAGAGGAAGUUGAGGGUGUGUCUGUUAUGGACUCUGAGCUCAAUGAAAAUACUGUAGAAGAGUCCGGAGACGAGGUCGAGGACAAAGUCAAAGUUGAUGCCGAAUCAGAAGCUGAAGAGGAUACUGAUAGGGAAGUUGAGGAAGAACUCGAGGAGGAGGUUAAGGAUGUAUCUGUUGUAAACUCUGAGCUCGUCGGGGAAAUUGAAGAAGUUUCCGAAGACGAGACAGACGAUAAAGUCAAGAUUGAGGUUGUAUCAAAGGCAGAAGCGGAUGUUGAAAGGGAAGUUAAAGAGGAUGUCGUGAAGGAGGUUGAGUAUGUGUCUGUGGUAGACUCUAACGUUGAUGAAAUAGUCGAAGAAGAAGUCGGAGUGGUUGAAGACGAGUUCAAGAAGAAGCUGAAGGACGAAGAUUCAACGCUGGACUCUGAAUCCGAAGAUGUCGUCGACGACGUGCUUGACUCAGUCGAUUCCGUAGUAGUCGGAGCAGGUGGAACCUCCCGGAAGCCAUAA